AUGUCCUUCAAAGCCAAUGGAGACCCUCCGGCUCAAUUUGACAUUGUUAAGUGGCUCUUCUUGAAUGAUGGUUCUACUGUGAGCAGGAAGGUUGGGAGUUUUGAUGAGUCAAAUGAAGAGAAUCAGCUUUACAUUAAUUCCAGUGCUGAUUUGUGGAGUCCAAACUUCCCAGAGAUGCCUCGGUCCCUAUGCAGCGAGCCCUGUUCCCCAGGAUACAGGAAGUCUAAAAUAGAAGGGGAGCCCCCUUGUUGUUACGACUGUGUCCAGUGUGGAGAUGGGGAAAUGUCUAACACUACAGAUGCAGUGACCUGUGUAAAAUGCCCUGAAGACCAGAAGUCUAAUAGACAGAAGACUGACUGUGUCCCUAAAGCUCUAAAUUACCUUUCUUAUAUGGAUACCCUGGGGGCCAGUUUAGCUUCCGCUGCUAUAAUUCUCUUCAUCACAGCUUCUGUAGUUUUGGGAAUCUUUGUAAAAUAUUGGGACACUCCUAUUGUGAGAGCCAGUAACCGAAAUCUCAGCUGUCUCCUCCUCAUCUCUCUCAUGUUGUGUUUCCUCUGCACUUUAUUAUUCAUUGGGCGCCCAACUAAAAUAUUUUGUCUUGUUCGACAAGCUGCAUUUGGAAUUAUUUUUAUUAUUUCUGUUUCUACCGUGUUGGCUAAAACUCUCACAGUUAUUAUUGCCUUCAAUGCCACAAAGCCUGGGAGCAAGCUGAAGAAGUAUGUAGGAACCCAACUGGCCAUCUUCAUAGUCUCUGCAUGUUCUUUGUGUGUGACUCUGAUCUGUGUUGUAUGGAUGGCCUCCAGUCCUCCAUUUCCAGAGGCUGAUACUUAUUCUGAAACUGACACCAUUAUACUGCUGUGCAAUGAAGGAUCAGUCACUUUCUUCUUCUGUAUAAUUGGAUAUAUAGGAACCUUGGCCCUACUAAGUUUCAUUGCUGCAUUUCUAGCCAAGGAUUUCCCUGACCGAUUUAAUGAGGCUAAAAACAUCACUUUCAGUAUGUUGGGGUUCUGUAGCGUGUGGGGGGCAUUUGUCCCUGCAUACCUGAGCAGUAAGGGCAGUAGAAUGGUGGCAGUUGAGAUAUUUGCCAUCUUAUCCUCCAGUGCUGGCCUACUGAUCUGUAUAUUUGCCCCCAAAUGCUUUAUUAUUUUUCUUAGACCUGAGCUGAACACAAGAGAGAUUGUUGUCAAAAGAUCUUAG